AUGGCCUCGCUCACCCUGUCCCAGAGGCUGGAUGCUGCCUUCGGUUCUCCCUUUUCGGUCGACUUUGGGGAGCUGCAUGGCCUGCUGGAGGCCAUACUCCAGCACCUGGGGUUGCAGGACCUGCCUCUCCGGGCGGUGGGGCGCAGCCCGACACCCCUCCUGGGGAGCACCCACAGCCUGCAGUGCCCCAGCAAAGAAGGGGAAGAGGGUGGAGGCCCCGGCACAGAGCUGGAGCCACUCGUCAGUGUGAAGGACGCACUGGCGGGGACAGCGAGCAGUCUCCAGGUCACCUCUGUGGGGCAGCUGGAGAAAGACGCAAGCGAGAGCAGCGUCUCCAAGGCUCUCCUUGAGAUCGACGCAAUGAAGGCAGCGCAGGAACGCAUGGAAGCGGAAAUCCAGCAGCUGCAGAAGGCACUUGGCUUGCAGGGCAGUGGGGGCCCCUCAGGCCCUGUCAAGAGCCCCAGGGCAGAAGAGGACACCCAGCGCGGGACCAGAUCAGCGCCUGGCACCCAGACCGGCAACCUGGGGACCCAGCCAGGGUCCCCUGUCACCCAGACCCCCACCCUGGGGGCAGAGCUAGGGUCCCCCAACACCCAGACCCUGACUCUAGGGGCACAGCCAGGAUCCCCUGGCACACAGGCCCCCACUCUGGGGACACAGCCAGGGUCCCCUAGCACUUCGACCCGCACCCCGGGGGCAGAGCCAGGCUCCCCUGGCACCCAAUCCCCCACGCUGGGGAAACAGCCAGGAUCCCCUGGCACACAGGCCCCCACCCUGGGGACACAGCCAGGGUCCCCUGGCACCUCGACCCUGACCCCGGGGGCAGAGCCAGGCUCCCCUGGCACCCAAUCCCCCACGCUGGGGAAACAGCCGGGGUCCCCUGGCACUUCAACCCCCACCCAGGGGGUUAAGCCUGGAACCCAUGGCACCCAGACCCCCACCCUGGGGGCAGAGCCAGGGUUCCCUGGCACCCAAUCCCCCACUCUGGGGAAACAGCCAGGGUCCGCUGGCACCUCAACCCCCACCCUGGGGGCAGAGCCAGGGUUCACUGGCACCCAAUCCCCCACUCUGGGGAAACAGCCUGGGUCCGCUGGCACCCAGAUCCCUACCCAGGGAGCAGAGCCAGGGUCCCCCACCACCCAAUCCGCCACCCUGGAGGCAGAGUCAGGGUCCUCUUGCAGCCAGACCUCCAUCGCAGGGACACAGGCACAGGUGUUUCAGGAGAUCGGGCAGCUCGGCAUUCUCUAUGCCAACCUGAAGGAGCAGGUGGCCCAGCUGGCAGCCAGCAAGGCGGAGCGCUCCGAGCUUGAAAAGCUCCACCAGCUCUUCGCGGAGGGAGGUCAGAAGAAUAUCACCAGUGCCCUGUCCGACCUCCAGAGCCAGCUGUCCUCUCUGCAGAGCCCAGCCAGCGACCUGCAGGGUGAGACAGGCAAGAUCAUGCAGCUGGAGGACGCCCCUGGAAAGCUGCAGGUGCCUGGAGCUGAAGGGAAAGAGGACAUCAGGUUGCUGCUGCAGGAAUUAAAGCAGGAGCUGGGAGAGCAGCAGCAGAAGAGCCAGGCCACGCUGGAGCAGCUGGUGGACAAGAGUGCCGAUCAGCUGCAGGCACAGCUGGAUGAGUUGAGGGUGGUGGUGGAGAGCCUGAGGCAGGCAGAGGGGCACGCAGCGCACCCCAUCUGCAGCAAGGACACCGGCACGCAGGUGGAGCAGCUCCUGCAGCACUAUGAGAAGCUGCAGGAGCAGGUGGAAUCCGUCAUGUGCCAGCAGGCAGCGGGCAAGGUGGCGAGGCAGCGGCAUGAGAAGAGCCAGCAGGAGGAGAAGCUCCUGAAGCACAUGCAGGCCAGCAUUGCGCAGCUGCAAGCACAACAUGAGUGGCUGGGCUCUGCUGUGAGAGACCUCCUGGAUGGCUCUGAGAAGAAGCAGAGAGAUAUAGAGGCUCUGUUCCUGUUCCUGGAGAGGCUGGAGGAGAAGAAAGGAGAGAAGGAAGUCCUGGAAGUCGAUUCGAAAGCAACCAAAUCCACCGCGGGCAGCCAAGUCAGCCGAAGCCAGUUUGAGGCCAGCAUGGAGCGGCUGAUGGAGAUAAUAGAGAAGAUCCAGAGCCAGGGGAUGGCCCAGGAGCAGGGCUUGCAGCAGCUGCAGCAGCAGCUCAGGGAGGUGAUGGACUCCAAGCUGGAUCGCCCGGAGCUGGCGCCUGUCCAGAGCCAACUGGAGCACUGUAAGAACACCCUGAAGCAGCUCAAGGACAUCGUGCCACAGACAGGGACAGCCGAUGGAGCAGCUGGGAUGAAGUACCCGCAGGCCCAUUGCCACUGCCUGUCCUGUGACCAACCCCUCGCUGUGACGGCACCCGGACCGAAAAAGGUGACCCUCCCAUUGCUGCCGCCGUUGCCCACCCGCCUCACUGCAAGCUCCACCACCAAUCCCCAAACCAAGGAGACGCAGCAGCACAGCAACAGGGAGCCAUCAGCUGAGUGCAGGUUCCUCAGCGAGGCACGGAGCAGCGGAGGCCUGCACGUUACCACCUACCCACUGCCGCAAUACCCGUUCCUCCAGCCCAAGCCACCCAGCACCCCGCCGCCGAGCCAGCAGGAGGUGACAGCAAGAGUGGGCAAGGACGGCUGUGUCUCCCGAGGCUGGUGGAAGAGACGGUAGCCUGCUCUGGCGGGCAAGGAAGGUUCUGCCGCCUCAACAGAGGAUGAGCCAGCACCUUCUCACAGACACCUCUCCUGGACACCAGAGAACCUCCGGCCGUAACCCAGCACCCAACAGCUGGGCAGCACGGGCAGCAACAGAUGCUGGGAGAAAAGCGACUUUCUGAUUUUAGUCGG